AUGAAAAGCAUCCGGGUUCGACUAGAAUGUGAUCAGGUUGUCGAGUACAAGAUAAAUGGCGUCGAAUCAAUGCCACUGCUUCAAAACCCGGAUAUUCUACUGGGCCGCGAUGAUUUAACCACAUUAAGCUACCUUCACGAACCAGCCGUUCUUAGUCAUCUCAGUUUUCGAUUUGUCAAACGAGAAGCUAUUUAUACAUAUUGUGGUAUUGUACUGGUGGCUAUCAAUCCAUAUUCUAAUUGCUCGCAGCUUUAUGGUGAUGACGUGUAUCGUGGUGUCGGUAAGCAAGUGCGUGAACUCGAUCCUCAUAUUUAUGGAGUAGCAGAGGAAGCCUUUUUUGAUCUUUCUCAAUUCGACAAGGACCAGUCGGUGAUCGUUAGCGGUGAAUCCGGAGCUGGCAAAACUGUUUCAGCGAAGUUUGUGAUGAGGUAUUUGGCAUCUGUUGCAAGUGGACCAUCGAGAAAACCGUAUGGUGUAGCGGAGGCCGGUGUGGAAAAUCGUGUUCUCGCAUCGAAUCCAAUAAUGGAAGCAAUCGGAAAUGCAAAGACAAUACGCAACGACAAUUCGUCUCGUUUUGGCAAAUACAUACAAAUUAAUUUCAAUGAACAUUUUGCAAUUGCUGGUGCUGAACUGAAAGUUUAUUUACUGGAAAAAAGCCGUGUUGUGUUUCAGGUCAGGGCUGAUAACGAACGCAAUUAUCAUAUUUUUUAUCAGAUUUGUGCAUCACGAUCUCAUCCUUUGCUCAGUGAUCUCAAUUUAGCUAAGAUGAAGUGUUUUAUUGUAGGUGAUUGGUGCUCGUAUUAUUACACGUCACAGGGGGAUAGCGGUGAAGUGGUGGGCAUCGACGAUGCUAAAGAUUUCCUGGAAACGGUUGCCGCUUUCGAUCUUUUAUGCAUCCCAGCCGAGGUGCAGAAGUCGAUAUUUCGCCUGUUUGCUGGCUUGCUUUUGUUUGGAAACAUCGGAUUUGUAAGCAAAAAUGAUGAGUACGCCGAAAUCAAUGUAAGCAGCAGUGAACAGUUUUUUUUGUGA